AUGGGUUUUCUAUCAUAUAUCGAUAAGAAUCAGAUCCAGAUAUCCACGAAGCUUCUACUUGGGCUAUAUGGGUUGGACUACAUCAGUUCCAAGUAUUCUCCAACGAUCCAUUCGAUUACGUCAAAGUUUUUGCAUUUACAACCGAAUACCCAGUACGGUUCUGACUUUUAUGAUAUUGAUGUCAGUGAUUCAUUUUGUGUGGCAUAUUGGGUAGUGUUACUUACGUUUUUGAGAUCUACAUUGAUGCAAUGUUGUUUCAUGCCUGUUGCCAAACGCCUCUGUGGCAUUCAGUCGAAAAAAGCAAAGGUCCGCUUUGCGGAACAAAGUUGGUCUGUUGUCUACUAUUGUGUCUCGUUUGCUCUUGGGUUUUACCUUUACUACCACUCACCAUAUUGGAAUGAUUUGGACCAUAUUUUCAUUGGAUGGCCUCACGACCACAUGUCUCCACUUCUCAAGAAAUAUUACUUGGUAUCGAUUGCAUUCUGGUUACAGCAAGUGUUGGUUUUGAAUAUCGAAGAAAGGAGGAAAGACCACGUGCAGAUGUUCAGUCAUCAUAUAAUUACCUGUGCAUUAGUGAUUGGUUCCUAUUAUUACUACUUCAACCGCAUUGGAAAUCUUAUUUUGAUCAUCAUGGACUCUGUCGAUAUAUUUUUGUCCACAGCCAAAGUCCUCAAGUAUUCAGGUUUCAGCCGCAUAUGUGAUGUUAUGUUCCUUUUCUUUCUUGUCUCGUGGGUUAUUUUACGCCAUGGUGUGUAUAAUUACUUGUUUUAUCACUCAUGGAAGUACUCCACAAUUUUGAUGAAAGAUUCACAAUGCAUUCCCGGGUUACAACAAAAACGAUGCUGGACUCCUACUAUCAUCAACACCUUUCUCGUUUUACUAGGAGGCUUGCAAUUUAUCACUUGCAUUUGGAUGUAUUUGAUCCUAAAGGUUGCAUUGAAAGUGAUUAGAGGGCAAAGCGCUGAGGACGUUAGAAGCGAUGCGGAUGACACAGAUGUUGAAGAACAAACUGGACAGGAAGACUCAAGGGAAGGUACAGAUUCAUCGGUUGAAACAAUCACCGAGAUGGAUGAGAAAAACUAG